AUGGGUCCGAACCGUAUCGAACUGUCAGAUUUGCAGCUGAUGAGGCGUUGGGUGUCCGCCUGUUCUAGAGAUGGUGCCUUGGCACAGGGAAUCCGAGUGAUACUUCAACUUGGCGAGGGCGUUCCUGCCGAUGCAAAUGUAUCCAAGGAGCCCGAAGCCAAGAAAAAAGAAGAACCAGUUGAACCAGAGGAACCCGAACGCACAGAACCAGAACAAGAGGAACAAGAGGAACCUGAGGAACCUGAGCCAGAGGGAAGUGAGCCCGACGGCGAUGAAAGUUGCCCAGAGGAGUGUGCAAUUUGCUUCGAAUCGGGCAAUUUCGUGGACCUCCCGUGUGCUUGUUCGAUCAAGUACUGCGGCAGCUGCUGGGAUCGGGCGCUUGCCGCCUCCGUCACGGUGCGUGGCAAAGCCCAAUGCCCGUCCUGCCGCGCAGCUUUCAAUGUGGACUUCGAUACGGAUAGGGGGCUUCUGGUCUUCUCGAAGGACCCCGAAGGUACAGGCGCAUGCGAUUGGCGAAUACAACUUUAUGAAAAGGUUAGAGGGGUGCAAAUAAAACUUCUGCAGGGCUAUGGGAUUGCUGCGCUGGGCCCAUCUCCGAGCAGCACGAGCAAGACCGACACCGCUCCACACUGUCUUUGUGGAGCAGAGCUCGAAUACAUCACUAGCCGCGCGCGGAUUGUCCGGCUACUAGAAGACAUGGAUCCAAACUGGCGCUCCCGUGACACUUAUGACAUGGUCGAGCGUCUAUUAGAGAGCUCUCUGGUGACUUGCGACCUGUGUGAGAAAGUCGCAAUUAGAAGCAAGGGUCUUUGGACUUGUAAGAAUGGCCCGCACACAGUCAUGCACCCCGCAGCGUAUGACGUGUGCGAGGCGUGCUUCGAGAAAUACUCCGGAGUCAGCUGUCUUCAGUUUAGCGACGACAAACAAAGCACCACCAGGCCUGCACCGCUGUGCUGGGGGUUCUACGAGGCCGUACUCGAGGCUCGCUUUUGGAGCAUGCUGCAUGCAAUUCUUUAUUCAGUCUUUAUGCCUUUCUGUCCGCUUUCUUUCGAACUUUCGAAGCAGAUUGCUUGUGGUGCUGGUACCUUUGCUCUCAGCCCAGCAGCAGCCCAAGCUCUUUCUGCUCUCGAAUUCUCGUGUUGUUUGGAAGACGAUCCAAUUUGCUGGGAGCAAGAGCUGAGUAAGGAAGUAUGCUGCUCCGCCUUUGUUGAAGCAGCGCUUCGAAGUGGCGAGAGAGGGCCAGCGCCCUGGCACUUUUCAAACUUGGAAGAUGCUGUGGUGCCCAAUGCAAACACAGAGCCAGAACUUCGACGUUGCACCCAGUCUGCAGCGACCCAAGGCAUGGACGGCAUGGAAGCGAACCAAGUGCUGAAUGACAAAGAGAAGGAUCUCCUUUGCGAAAACAACUUUGUUCAAGCAGCUGCUUGUAUUGCAGGAUUAGCAGGUGUCAGGGUGAUUUUCGACAUAUUUCUCGGAGGUGAAUGGCAUCGUUUGACGGCAUUUGAGCGGCAGUGGAAAUGA